AAAUUUUUGUCGCGUCCGUGCGUCCGUCCGUACCGUCCGUAAUAAACAAUAUAAACAAUACUGAUUACGACGUAACCGUGUUACAUAUCUUGGAUAUUUUUAUUAUUUAAACACAAAGGGUCAUACAAUUUUUACUGUUUGCAACCUACUUUCCUUCAUACAAUUUUUACCAUUUGCAACCUACUUUCCUUUGUUUAUUUCUGUAUUUUCGUUCCAUAAACGCGUCAACUAUAAAAUAAUAAUGUUCGAAAACAUAGAAAUUGAAACGCCGAACUCGCAACGCACAUUUUCUUUCCUUGCACCACAUUAUAAGGAUUUUAAUAACGACGUAACGUUUGGUGAAGGAGACUCUUAUUUUGGUUCUGCAACAAGUUCCGCAACCGGACAACCCCUUUUUACACCGUCAAAGAAUGUUCCAUUCACUCCAGUAUUAAAUGGGGUUAACGGUGUGCUAUAUCAAUUAAAUCUUGCCAAUUCAAAGAAAGUUGAAAAACUUACUACUAAGAGUCCUUUGAAAGAACCAAACAAAAUAAAGUUUCUUGAUUAUAAUCUCGACGUAAAAGCCGUUGCUAAUAAAGAAAAUGGGCCACCAGUUGUAAAAAUUGUGAAAAAAGCUGUGAACAAGGCUAAUAUCAUACCUACUAAUACUGCCAAGCAAGUAAAAAAUUACCUUGGUCGUAAAUCUCAAGGGAUUCGGAAACGGCAACCUAUCAAAAAGCCUGGCACAGUUUUGACAAUUCCUAAACCUUUCAGAUUUCACACGAGGAAGCGUCCUAAUGUGAUAAAUAAAUAUUCACCAAAAUCACCAUUUAUUUCAUUGGCAGAGCGUAUACAACAAUAUUUGGAAAAAACUCCAGACAGAUUCAAAUCAAAGCUGAGAUCUGCAUCGAAUUAUGUUAAUCUUCCUACAAAAGCGAAGUCUCCAUUCUUGCGCACCAAAUUAAGAGCUGAAAGGAUCAAGAUGACGAACAAGGAAAAUGAGAUUAAUAAUGAUAAGGUGCAAUCAAAACCGGUUGAUUCAAGUGAUGUCAAAUCUGGGCGCGUCAAGAAAACUAAGCCGAAAAUCACAAUACCAGUAUCUCCACAUAUAACAAAACCAAAACCACCUCGUAUUAUUAAAGCAAAUCCGGUACUUCAGCCUUUCAAGCCUAUUGUAGCACAUCGAAAAAUGGAUCCUCCCAAAUAUCCACUUCCGGGAGAAAAAAUUUCACAACGUAAAGCAGAAAUAAGAGAAGCAAUAUUAAAGAAGGAGGCACAAGAGCAAGAAAAGGCGCGUAAAUUUAAGGCUCCACCACUUCCUAGUGGUUCACCUGAUGUUUUGCUUACUGUUCUUCCGUUACCUACUACUACUACGACUAAACCAUUUAAACUAAGAACUGAUAUAAGAGGAGAGAAAUAUCAACAGUCUUUUCGCAAAAAAAUUAAUGGAUUAAAUAAACGAGAAAAGGACGACUUAUCAUUUCGAGCAAAACCAACACCUAAUUUGUUACCUUACCGUCCAAGAAAAUCAGCUAAACCUAUAACAGAAGUUGUUGGAUUUAAGCUCCAUACUGAUGCACGCCUUGAAAAACGCAAAACAUAUGAUGAACAGAGAAACUUACGUGACCAAGAAGAAAAGAUACUAAAAGAACGAAAACAAAUAGAGGAGGAACGUAAUAAACAACAAAUUCGUCAAUUGAGAACUGAAUUAAUACACCAUGCUCAGCCAGCCAAAAGGUAUGCGCCCGUCAAAAUAGAAUUUGCAAACCGAAAAGUAACCAAACCCGUUUCACCACUGAUUGGGGAGAAAAGGCGUAAAAAAUUACAAGCAUUAAAUGAAUCCAAUAUUCGUAAUGCAAUGUCGGAGAACGCUUCAACAGCAAAAAUAGUUCCCCAAUCCAAAAAUAAUAAUAGGAAGCUAUAGAAAAGAAUGCAAAGGAAAAUAAUAAAAUUAAUAUGCACUUGAAACAGAUAUUAAAAAUAAAAAUCAAUUUGUAAUCAAUAAAAUGUAACCUUAAAAUGAUCGACAAAAAAAAAUUUAGUUGGAUAUUCAUUCAUUCAUUCGUAUAGGCUCCGUCGGAAUUGCCGAAUUGAAAUUACGGAAUUACAAAAUAGGGAUUUUACCAUUUAAAUAUCUAACAAAUUCAUCAAGAUCAGCAUCAUAGAUUACGGAUUACAAAAAAAUAUUACUUUCUUUGUGUAAUUUUUGUAUCUCUAUCUUAUUAAAAAAAUUCCUGUGAAACCGUUAUUCGAUAUUUAUAUAAAUUUCUGAGUUGUGCAACGCAUCAUUCCCCUGC